UAUGGAAAUAUUACAAAUUAGAAAAACUUUAAAACGUAAAGUUAUGGAAGAAUCUGGCCCAAUAGAUCGUAUAGUCGAAGAAGCAUACCACGCUGCUAAUCGUCAGUCUCAAUCCAGUGAUUUGAUUAUUAACUUACCGUCGAUUCAUAUAAUGAAAAGUACAUUACAAAAACAACGUCGUAAAACUCGUCCACCAAUUCCCCAAUCGAUUGAACAACUUCCGUAUCCAUUACCCGACGUUUAUUGCAAAACAACAAAAAGUGAGUUAUUUUUAUUAUACGAUGGGUCACUGAAAAAACACGUAAGUUCACCUCAUCCAAACAUUUAUAUUGCUAUUGAUUUACUCCAAAAGGAACAAUCACUAGCAUCGAUUGCACGAGUACGAGAUGAUAUGGGAGCUCCAGCUCGAAAACGUCGAAAAAACAAAGUUAUAACAGAUGAAUGUCUAAUGAAAUUAUGGCAACGUUAUGAUGACGGUCGUAUUGACAUUCCAGCGUUCUUGAAAGUUGCCGGUAUGAGAUAUUUUCAACGUCCAUCAAAAAGUUAA